CCAUCUUGGUGCGGUCGCCGUUAGGGGGGGCGUGGCCGCACCGGCGGAAAGGGGCGUGGCUUCCGCCGCCAUGAGGCCGCGCGCGCUCCCGCCGCCGCCGCCGCCGCCCGGGGGGAUCCUGCGGCGGGGGGGGCGCGGGGGGGGGACACCGGCAGGUGCGAUUCGCGCCCGGCGCCGCCAUGCCGGAGGAGGAGGAGGAGGAGGAGGAGGAUGAAGAGCGGGGGGCGACGCUGGCGACCCCCACCCCGCACAGCAGCGCCCGGGGCGGUCCCGGUGGGGCCCCCCCCGCCCCGUUCGACGCCCCCCGAGCGGCGGCCGCGCUCCUGGGCAGCUCCUUCGCCGCCCGCUCGGCGCUGGGGGGGGCGGCGGCCGCCGCCAUGAACGUGCCGCACGCCCGGCGCCUCUUCCGCGGGCUCGUCAGCCUGGCCGUGCCCCCCCCCCCGCCGGGGCCGCGCAGGGGGGUCCCGCCCGCGCCCCCCGCCCCGCAGGUGCCCGGGCCGCGCCUGGCCGCGCUGGCCGCGCCCGCCGGGACCGGCACCGGCACCGGGACCGGGACAGCGCCCUGGCUGCCGCCCCCCGCGCCCCCCGAGCCGCCCCGGGCCCGCCCGCGCCCCCCCGGAGCCGCCUUCGCCAUGUACCGGAAACUGCAGCAGUGGGGAGCGGGGUGACGGGGAAACACCCCCAAAUCCCCCCCAAAAAAACCCAAAAUAGCCCUGGUCUCACCCCUAAAUUCACCCCCAAAAUACCCCUCCGUUUAACCCCAAAAACCCU